AUGGAAUCAGCACCUCCUUCGACUCGUGAGCAGCUAACUGCUUUGGAGAUACGCUAUUCCCGUAUCGAAAGCUUGGAUGCUGCCUCACAAUUCCUCUCGCUGUUGCUGAAGGCGUUGUUUUUGGACGCAAGGCGGCCAGUAGACGAAGAUAUCAUCGCUAUUCCCCAUUGCUCCCAACUUCUUCACACUCACCCGCAACUAUAUCAUGCAAUACAAAGUGCAAGACUGGCUGAAGACUGGACGCAGGUCACCGAUUCGCCUUACAUACCACCCUUUGUUUCAUCCCCUGCACGGUCAUGCCUCGACUAUUUUCGCCCCACAUUGAAGAAGGCCAUCGAUGGCAGACUUUUGGAGCCUUGGGAGCCACGGAAACACACCGAUUACACAGACGAGGCGACAUUCACCUUCCUGGAAUCUCUCCAUCUCUAUCAAGAGUCGAAAUAUCUCUCCAUAAUUCUGCAUGACUUGGGAGGUUUCCACCACGAUGAGGUUCUUCGUGAGCGCGUCUCAAAUAUAUUCACAACGACCAACAAAUUUCUCGUCAAUGCAUCUGGGAAUGGCAAGACUCGACUUUGUUAUGAGGGGCUUUGCUCAAACUGGGGCUUUUACCUCAGUGGCCAUAUCGAUGACGGCCGCCUCGGCUCGUACGACUUGCAAUUGCUACUACGUGAAUGUCGAACUGAUCUCAUGGACAAAGACGUAUCUCAAAAGCUCCAAGUGAUGACCAACCUAUUCGGUGCUAUCUUGUUGACCCGAUUAUUGGUGUUUUUGAUGUUUUUGCAAGAGGCAGCCGUUGAUGAGGCAGAGUUUUCGGAUGAGACAAAGAAGCGGUGGCUCACAACCCAGUUACUGCCCAGAAAUCUUGCCGACAGAAACACCGAACCCUUUGAAGAGGUGACGAGAAAGCUGAUGGAACAUGACUGCACUUACCUCGCCGAAAACAUCACUAUUGCACUACGCAAAAUUCGGACCUUUAUCGGCGAAGACCCUUUGUUUAUUGUGUUGGACGAAGCAAGUUAUGUUGUCGACAUGUACUCACACCACUUCAACGACACCCCUCUCUUGCAAAUAAUCCUCCAGACGUGGACAGACCUGACGAAAGGACAAUGUCCAAUCAUCUGUGCGGGAAUCAAGAUACCCCGAGAACGCUUUGCAGAUGGAGCUGGGAGCGAUUUCGCUUGGACCUCGAAUACUGGUUCCUUCGAUGACCCUCUUCGGCAAGAGCAAUAUGUGUCUCAGUUUCUGCCGCCGGCUUUCCGCGAGUCUCCUGCAGGCCGUUUUCUAAUAGCAAGAACUUGGCGCUGGCUGCGCGGCAGACAUCGGUUUACAGCAACUUUCGUUGCUUUCCUGCUCGUCGAGGGUCUCCAUUUUCCACAUACGCAUUUGGAUAAAUACAUGGAGCAUGCUGUCUCCUUUCGCCCCAUGGAUGCAGUCGAGUGCGUAGGGGCUGAAGGGGAGGCGCCGAUUUGGGCAGCAACCUUUUAUCCAAUCAAAAUUCGUGGAGUGUCUGAAGAGGACAAGAACCUGUUUCUCGAAAUCCUAUUGCGUUACUUGGCAACCCACAAUGCCUCGCCACUGCUCGGAGAAGAUCAAAUUCCUCUGAUGUAUCGCGAUUUAGCGCGUUUUCAGGAUGGAAACUUCACAGAGUUGGUACUCGAUGAACCGACACCGCUUCUCGUCAUCGCAAGGACCUUAUUUCCCUUUCCGACUCGACCAAUAUCAGGAGGGCCAAACAAAAAUCCGGCAACCUUCAUUCAGAGCCUUCGUCGAAACAUCCCUCGAACAUCAGAAUCUCUUGCCUACUAUCUUGUCUUUUAUCUUACCCAGGCUUUGGGUAAGGGCGACCGUCUGGAUCGGAUCUUCCCUUUUCCACGUGGUUCUCCGCAAUGGGCGGCAAAGCCUGCAACUCUAGUUCGUUUCUACCGAACAGAGUCCGACGAGGUAGAAUGGUCUCCAGUGGCUGCAGAUGACUUCGAAUCUUUCCGGCCACUUGCCCAUCAGGCGGUCUCUAUACAGGACACUCUUUCGUGGAUGGAACAUCGUGUUGGGACCGUGUUUUGUUUACCGCAUUCAUCAAACGCCGACUUACUCUUCGCCAUCCAACUGGCCGAUGGAAAUUUUGUCUGGGUAGCGUUGAAGGCGUUGUUAACCCAAGAACCUGUGCGACUUUCGGAUCUGCAAGCGACACUGUCAGGUUUGAAUGCCAACGAAUUCUUCCAGGGAGUUGGCGAAACCACCCAAUCUCAGUUGCAGCGCGUCUUUGAUGCUCUCCCCAAUAGCGGCAGCUGCAAGGUGUUGCGCGCCAUAUGUGCUUUUCCAAUCGAAAUACCCAGGCUCGAUGAGGAUGCGGUCAAUGUUUAUGAAGACAUCGACACCACCGAUGUUGCCAUCGUUAACAUCUCCGCCUUCGAGUCCCGUCCUUCCCAAGUCAUGCAAACAGACCUAUUUGAUGCCAUCGUUGCCGGAGUGCUUGCGGGUCACAAACGCAAAUCGCGCUGGGAGAGCAGCGAUGAGAACACGCUGUGGACGAGUCGGAAAAGGCUCAAGUUGGAGUAUCUCACUGAGCGAGAGCAGAAGUAUGUGACAUGGCCGGAGGCGAGGUGGGAUGGGCCGAUUGUGUAUGAGGAAGAGUUUGAGGAGGUUGAAGAGACGCCCAUACAAACCAGAAGAAAGCCGACGCAACGUAGCAAGGGGAGCAAGAAGGUGGAAGCGUCAACGAGGCAGAGCAAACGAAUAAGCAAAAAACUUACGACCACCCAGUCUACUCGUGGUGGUAAAGCCAAAGAAACGGUCGCGGAUGCCGACACAGCCGCGGAGAGUAGCAGAAAACCUGGUACGAAACGAAAGACACCACCUGUCGAUGAACCAGAAGUCGUCACCAUAGAUCUUGACAAAACUCCUGCACAAAACACCCGUCGUAGAUCCAAGAAGGCCUAA